UUGAGAGUGAGCCACCCAAGGACUUUGCCCCCUCUCUGAUGCGUGCCGGCUGUUUCCCGGCGGGCUGUGUAGUCCUCCUCUGCUGUCCAUGGAAGGCGCCAGGCCCCCAUCGCCCGAAGAUGAGCUGGAGCUCUCAGUGCUCGAGGGGCAGCCAGAUGAGCAGACGCCUCUUAAUGGAGCCGCCCAGGUCAUCCCUUUUUCGGCGGAGGACCCCUGUCCAGCCCAGGCUAACCAGAAAAGCCCUUGGAGCUCCUGUAAUAGGAAUUUGAUCGGAAAGUGUAAACUCUGGAUGGUCAUCGCCUCCAUUUUCCUAGGUCUCGUUAUAGUGAUCAUCAUAAGCUUAUUUCUUUUUGGAGUAACUUACAUCGAUGAAGAUGAAAAUGAAAUACUUGAGUUAUCAUCAAAUAAAACAUUCUUGGUCAUGCUGAAGAUUCCAGAGGAGUGUGUUGCUGAAGAGGAAUUGUCUCACCUGCUCAAGAAGAGGCUCACAGAUGUGUACAGUUCAUCCCCGUCUCUGAAUCGUUAUUUUACUUCGGUGGAAAUCGUGGACUUCAGUGGUGAAAAUGCCACCGUAACCUACCACCUGCAGUUUGGGGUUCCAUCAGGAGAUGACAGUUUCAUGAAGUAUAUGAUGAGUGAGGAGUUGGUGCUGGGCAUUUUGCUGCAGGAUUUGCAUGAUCAGAACAUGCCUGGUUGUGAGACUCUGGGGCUUGGUCCAGAGUCCCUCUUGGUCUACGAGUGAAGUGGUGGAGGCUGGUCUGUGCCUGAAAGCAGUGCUUCACUGAAUUGUGGGAUGAAGAGAUUCAUGCCGUUUUACAGAAAAGAUCCUGUGAAUUCACACAGAAGGACUAGAAAUGAGUAGCAGGGUAGACAGGGUCCUUUUUCUCCUGAUUCUGCACAGUGAUGACGUCCAGCACAGUUGCACUGGAGAGCUCCAGCCAGUUGCAGUUGUAACAAAGACGGAAGCCAGAUGGGGAAGGGGUGACUGGGUGGCUGGGUGAACCUUGCCUUGUGAGGUUACCGCUAUUCUUGAAGCAGUAGCUGCCUCCUGCACAUGGACACCUUCUCUUUAGGGCUGGGGUGGCCUUUCAGGAAGAAUCCUGCCAACCUGUGCCAGUGGAGAGAGCUCAGGAGAGGCAGGCAGUGAGGUGAGGGAGAAUCGGGCCACUUGCUCACUGAAAUCCUGCUCCCACUCACCAUAUAUUUGAUCUACCUCUAAGCAAGCCUGUGAGGAAGAGGAAGGCACUUUACAAGACGGAAGCAGCAUGGUUCUGUGGCUACUGAUAUGACCUGUACCUCUGUAUCUUAGCAACCCAUCCAUAGGCUUGCUAGGUGGCACAUCACCCACCGUUACUGUGUUACAUACAGCUGCAGAAAUAAGAUGUGUGUUUCUUAAUUACUUUGCAUCUCCUCAUUUUUCCUGUGACUCCUGAGCACCUCUUUUAGAAACAUGGUUCCCUGUGAGUUUUGAACACACUGUUAUCAUUUUGGAUAGUUUUUCCAUGUGUGUUUUCACAGACUUCCGUCAGGGAAUCAUUAAGACGGCUUACCAUCUGCUAUAGCUAUUACACAUUGGCUUUUCAUUGUCCAGUGUUAAUAGCCUUUCUGUAGGACUCAGUGCCUUCAGGCAUUGAUUGUGGGUCUUGUUGAAGAUAGCUGUGAAACAGGAAGAACCAUUCUCUGAAAUAAACAGAAACUUCAUGCUAAUUCAUUUGCACGGUGGGGGCGAUAUCAGUGAUUGUAUCGGUCAUUUGCAGAUAGAGAAUCGCCUGUCAUGAAAGAACAGAGUAUUUGGUUUGUUGGGAAAAUUGUUUUGCUGGAAAUUUUCCAGGAGAAAGAGUUUUGUGGUCCUAUAACAAGCGCUCCUUAGUCCUGAUAUCUCAGUUGUUGGCCUGGGGUGGAAGUUAGUAUGUGGGCAGCUAUGUAUGGGGAUGUACCCGUGUGUGUCUCAGGUAGGUUUGCUUUGAGCUCUUAAUGACCCAGGACUCUGGAUAAUGUGAACUUUGUUUCUUAUUUAAAUAGAAGAUGCAUUUAUUGUAACUCAGUGUCUCAUUUUGAGGAUACUAGUUCCUUAAACUAGUGAAACAGGUGAAUUUUCCUUCUUCCUCUUUAGUUUUUACACAUCAUAUGUAAACGUCAGUGUGUUUGUACUUUUUAGAAAAUAAUGAAGAACUUUAAUGGAAAAGGAUUUAAAAAUAUUUACAAUAAAUUAUUGUUG